UUAUUGCUAUUAUAAACUGGUUAGCAACGUAAUUAUUGCAGUAAAAAUACAUGUUUUUUCAUACCCGUGGUAUACUUCAGAGCUGUAAUUUCUGCAGGCUAUUACUGGGACACUAUGCAACGCACCACCUCUAACCCUUAUGGUUUCCUGCAUGCAUUCUAAUUCAAACAGAUAUCUGGCUUAACUCAGACAGGUCUAAUCACAGAGUAGUUUGGUGAGUCCGCAAAGGACACGACGUCGAAACGCUGCGAUCAAAUUGAAGGAUUCUCCCACAACAAAUACAGCACAAACAUGCCAAACUGGGGAGGAGGUAACAAGUGUGGUGCAUGCCAGGGGACAGUGUACCAUGCCGAGGAGGUGCAGUGUGAUGGGAAGAGCUUCCACAAAUGCUGCUUCCUGUGCAUGGUCUGCAGAAAGGGUUUAGACAGCAACAAUGUGGCCAUCCACGACACUGAGAUCUACUGCAAGUCCUGCUAUGGAAAGAAGUACGGCCCCAAGGGCUACGGCUACGGCCAGGGAGCUGGGACACUCAGCAUGGACCGUGGAGAGAGACUGGGGAUCAAACCAGAGGAGACCCAGUGUCACAGACCCACCACCAACCCCAACCCCUCCAAAUUCGCCCAGAAGUUCGGGGACUCGGAUAAGUGUGGCCGGUGUGGGGAGUCAGUGUACGCUGCGGAGAAGAUCGUGGGGGCAGGCAAGCCAUGGCAUAAGAACUGCUUCCGCUGUGCCAAGUGUGGGAAGAGCCUGGAGUCUACCACCCAGACAGAGAAAGAUGGCGAGAUCUACUGCAAAGCAUGUUACGCAAAGAACUUUGGACCCAAAGGAUUUGGUUAUGGCCAGGGAGCUGGCGCUCUGGUGCAUGCCUAAUGAUGAUCACCCUCAAGACAAGGCAUUUCUGACUGUGAAAACCGCUGUGCUACGUUGUUUUUUUAAAGGCUGGCGGAGGGCCAUAAUAGGGAGGAUUUACCAUUUACAAAUAUACAAUAAAUAAAAAGCUUUACCUAAAACAA